AUGGCCUCAACAAUGCACAAGGGCAAGCCUGCCCAGCAACUAUCCACGAUUCUACCACCCCUCGUCUUUGGAUGUGCCGUCUUCAACUCACAAUACAACGAUGUUAACAAGCUAGACACGGUCGGCUUGGUGAAGGAGGCACUCGAGUUCGGUAUCAGAGCAUUCGAUACCAGCCCAUACUAUGGCCCUAGUGAGGAGCUGUUAGGUGCUGCUCUCGACACAGAAUUUGUGCGCGCACAUGUGCCACGCUCCGACCUGUUUUACAUCACCAAGUGCGGCCGCAUUGCUGGAGACGAGUUCGACUACUCCCCCGAAUGGGUCCGCCAAAGCGUCGCUCGCAGCCUGGAAAGACUCCGCACCGACUACCUCGACAUUGUUUACUGCCACGAUGUCGAGUUUGUGAGCGAGGACGAAGUCAUGGGAGCCAUUAAAGAGUUGCGUCGCAUCCGCGAUGAAGAGGGUACACUGCGCUAUGUCGGUAUCUCUGGAUAUCCCGUUCCUUUGCUCUGCUCACUCGCUGAGCGCGUUCUUCGCGAGACUGGCGAGCCUCUCGAUGCUGUCAUGUCAUACGCAAACUUCACACUGCAAAACACCACACUAGCGACGACUGGCAUUGCGCGUCUGCGUGCUGCUGGCGUCGACGUUGUGCCCAACGCGUCACCACUGGGUAUGGGUCUUCUGCGUCGCGCGGGUCCUCCUGUAGCGGGUCAGGGAGAUUGGCAUCCUGCGGGUCCUGGAGUCAGAGCGGCCGUUCGUCGUGCGAGUGACUUCUGCGACCGCCAUGGAGAACGUCUCGAAGUCGUCGCCAUUCGCUACGCGCUCGAAUCGUGGCUGACAGCUGGAGCAAGCGUCGGCUCCCGAGGCGAUCCUGCAUCCGGUGUCCCAUGGACCCGCGAGUCAAACGAACAAGUCGGAGGUCAAAAGCUCGGUGUUAGCGUCAUGGGUGUGAGUAACGCUGGUGAGCUAGAGAAGACAAUGUCAGUCUGGCGCAGUAUUCUCGAUGGUCUCGAGGGUGGUGAGGAAACCGUCAAGCUUGCUGGUCGCUGGAAGAGAGACCACGAGUGGAGCUUGAACCGCAAGCACGGUGUUCAAAUCAUGGCAGAUGGCAUUCAGGAGCAUCUGGCUGAGUACCUCGAUUUCGCAUGGGACAGCCCUGGCAAGGACUACGUCAACAAGAGGGCAGCUAAGACUUUGACUCCGCCCGAGGCCGUAGACUCCGCUUGGUUGACACCUGCUCAGAGCCCACGGGCCGAGCAAGACUUGCCUGAAGAGCUCAACCUUGCAGUCAGAUGA